UGACGACACCGGAAACAGUUUCCACCUGAAGAGUCAGCUGACAGUAGCGCAUAACCCUUUUGCGAUCAAAGGAUGUCUGCCUACCCCAAAUCCCACAACCCAUUUGCUGAUGAUGACGAAGAGUAUGCAGCAGGUGCAGCGAGAAAAGGCUUUAACUUCGAUGAUGAUCCGCAGGAGAGCGCAUUGAGCCCGGCGGAGAGACGUCAGAAACAGCUGCAGAGAGAAGUGAUGCACACCGCGCAGUCCGCCGUGGACAGCAGCUACCGCUCACUCGGGCUCAUAUAUGAAUCGGAGAAAGUGGGAUCAGAGACAGCAGAGGAACUGAUUCGUCAGGGUGAAGCUCUGAAGAGAACAGAGAAAAUGAUUGAUAACAUGGAGCAGGACAUGAAGACGAGUCAGAAGCAUAUAAACAGCAUUAAGAGUGUGUGGGGAGGACUGGUCAACUACUUCAAAAGCAAACCUGAACCCAAACCUCCACAAAACGACCAGCCGGUGUCUUAUGGUGGCAACAGCAGCUUACAGAAUGCGCUUGCGGAGAGCAAACAACAGGAAGACAAAUAUCAGGCCAGUCACCCCAACCUCAGGAAACUGGAAACAUCUGGAUUCGGAGCCUCGGCUUCACUGGAUAACGACCCAUCCGAUCAGAAUGGAUAUCCCAAGAACAAACAGCUACGGGUCGCCCAUCAACAACUGGACAAAAAUCUUGAUGAAAUGUCGUUGGGUCUGGGUCGGCUGAAGAAUCUGGGUCUGGGGCUGCAGUCGGAGAUCAAUGAUCAGGAUGUUUCUCUGGACACUCUGCUCAAUAAGGUCGACACGAUGGACGGCAAGAUCAGCUCCACCAACAGGCAACUCAAAAACCUCAAAUAGACUGGGUGUGAUGUCAUCUCUUGAGGGCGUGGCCAAUCUGCAAUGAUUUAUACCUGAAACACCUUAAACUCGAACACUGUCAGUGCUCAUUUGAUUUUCCCUCUAAUAAAUGUAUGUUUGUGUGUGUUCACAUUUAUAACCGUAUGUGCUGGACAGAGAAAAUCUUAAAGAAUAGGAGGUGUUUGGCUCUUUACAUUUCAAGUCAUCCAUUGUUUGCUCGCCACACUUCUGGAUAGCAACAUAGCAUAUAGCCGAACUGUUUUGUGCAAGAUCUGGAUGCCUCUUUAUACAGGGUCAAAAUAUUAUAAAUGUUACCAGUGAGGAAAGUGUAUCAACGAUGUACAACAUUUCAAUUGACGUUGUCCACCAAAGCAAUGUUAGUAAAGCACUCCUUAAUCGAACAACUCGUGUAGAAAGCACAUUCCUCUGGUUUAAGUUCGCCUUGUAGAAAUGAACUGAGAAGAAGCAAAUGUAUUGGUUGUUCUGACAUUUCUAUCAUGAUUCUUGAUACCCUUGUGAUGUUUCAUCAGGUUUUUUAGUUAAUAAAGCCAAUGUAUGCUCAGCAAUUGAGUCUUAAAUGUGUAGUUUAUCAGAAAGAUAUUGAUAUUGGCCUGCCUUGAUGUUUACCCUUUCUUUGAGGCCUAGACAUUGACUGAAUCUCAUUGCUAUGGCUAGUUCUCAGUCCCAGCGACCUACAUGCUACACAUGUCUUGUGUGGAGAUGUAUUAUGGUAGCUUUCUAUGAUAUGCCAGAAUCAGGUGUGAAUUGAUUCAUAUUGAUUCAUUGUUCAAAGUUGUACUCCAGUUAAAGCCAACGAUAUCAGUCUGCUGAAUGUGAUGGGUAAAAUGUAAACAAAAAUAAAAGAUAAUGUUUUAUUUUGUGGACG